CCACCGCCAAACGACCCAUUGACCCUCUCCCUCCUUGCUCCGAGCCGGCUUCACAUCACCAUGUUGGCUCGAUCAGCACUGCGCACAGCGCGCUCGGCCGGCGCGGCAGCUCGCAAUGCUGCCAGCAAAACAGCUUCGCGCUCUGCCUCGACGUCCACCUCCUCUGCCGAGGGAGCUGGCUCCGCGUGGAAGAACAAUGCCCUCCCAGCUGGCGCCACCGUUUUCGCAGUCGGAUCCAUUGCCUGGUACUGGCACCUCUACGGCCGCAACGUCGAUGCGAUGACUCCUGCGGAAGAAGGUCUGCAUCCGACUCAGUAUCCAUGGGAGCACACCAAGUGGCAUAAGACAUUCGAUCAUGGGGCACUUCGCCGUGGCUUCCAGGUCUACCGAGAAGUCUGCGCAUCCUGCCACUCCAUCUCCCGUGUGCCAUACCGUACCGUCGUUGGUCAAUUCAUGACCGUCGAUGAGGCCAAGGCCCUCGCCGAAGAGACCGAGUACGAUACCGAGCCGAACAACGAAGGCGAAAUCGAGAAGCGUCCUGGAAAGCUGUCUGACUACAUGCCUGCUCCUUACAAGAACGACGAGGCUGCUCGUGCCGCCAACAACGGUGCUCUGCCCCCAGAUCUAUCCCUCAUGGUCAAGGCCCGCCACGGCGGCUGCGACUACAUCUUCAGCUUGUUGACUGGUUACCCUGAGGAGCCACCUGCCGGUGCUGUCAUCCAGGACGGCUUGAACUUCAACCCCUACUUCCCCGGAACUGGUAUUGCUAUGGCCCGUGUGCUGUACGACGAUUUGGUCGAAUACGACGAUGGAACAAAGGCAUCGACCUCGCAGAUGGCCAAGGAUGUUGUCGAGUUUUUGCACUGGACUGCUGAGCCGGAGAUGGAUGACCGCAAGAAGAUGGGCUGGAAGGUGCUGGCUGUUACCAGCGUACUGUUCGCUAUCAGCGUAUGGGUCAAGAGAUACAAGUGGGCACCGCUUAAAACACGGAAGAUUGUCUACAGUCCGCCAUCCCAAAAGAGCAUCCUCGACCACAUCCCCAAGCCAAACAGCUCAGGCAAGACCAAUCAAUAGGCGUGGGACGAUUUUGCAUUUGGGCGAGUUGGAGGGAGCGAGCAGCGGAGGCGUGUGUGUUCUAUAUCUUGU